AUGGUUAAUGGAAAGACGACAGCGAGGUAUCCGACCUAUGCGGGGCGGGAUAGCAGUAAUCAGAAAGGGAGUGGGGAGCCCGGCAAGAAUAAGUCCACACCUGCGGCACAUGCCACACCCGCGAUGGGCUCCCGCGGCAGCACGGCACAAAAACCGAAGCGGCCAACAGUCACAAAGCCGCAGCAGCCCAAAAAGGGCCCCGAGAAGCCCGGGGCAAGCAAAGUGAAAAAUAAAGAGCCCGUAGAGGCUGCGAAGGUUCCGGGGCUGCUGUCACUGCCAAUGCGGCUGUCACCCCCGGGGGACGUUGGCGUGGCGGGGGCCUUACAUCCUGCACUUGACUCCAUCGUGCCCGUGGUUGAGGACUUGGAACGGACCCAAGGUGGCGCGAUGAUGUCGUCUUCAUGCAUCAAGACGCCACUGCGACCGCUCUCGCUGCCUCACGUACGGAGUUUGGUGUGUGGCAGCGAUAACGCAAGUGGACAAACCCGCGGUGCCGCUUCGUGCAGCAUCAAGAGUGGUGGUGCGGGCGUCGCUAGCCAAAAUGGCGAUGCAAGACGCCUGCUGGAUGGCAAGUCAUCCCCCAGACAGAUGAGGGGCGGCACGGAGGCCCUCAGCGUUCAGCGACGCACUGUGGGUGCAGUUGAGGCGGGGAGGAAACUAUGCAAGAGGGCCGCCGAGAGUGAGGACGAGGACGAGGACGAGGACGAAGACGAGGACGAGGACGAGGAGGAGGAGGAGGAGGACGAGGAAGAAUAUGACGACGAUGACGACGACGAUGACGAUGAGAGCGAGGAUGAGGAGGAUGAGGAGGAUGACGAGGAUGACGAGGACGAAAUCGGCACUCGCAGGGGGCGGCGGGAGGAGGAGCAAAUUACUGUCAAGAUUUCUCGCGAGGGCGACCGUAACGUGAAGGUCAUCUACGUCACGCGGAGGACGAAGUUUAGGGUCUUUACUAAGGACGUCAAACGGCGCUUUGGCUACGCCUGUCUUCGUGAUUUUGAAAUGUACUGCAUUGACACCGCGGGCGACCACGUCGACAUUGACGUUCCGCGCGACUUCAAAAACCUCCUUGUACAGUUUGUGCAUGGGCUCCAACAGGAGAGGCAAAAAGAUGCGGCAGAUGCGGCGGAAGAACCAGUUGCGAGGGCCUCAAAUCGGUUUUCUGUACGAGGGGCACUUCGCGGAAGCUCUUCCCUCGCCCGUCACUCUUUUCGCGUCACGCCGUUGAACACAGUUGCGGAGGAGGGGGAGCGUAGUAGCAGCUCGGUGCUUCGCCUGUAUGUGCGCGACUCUUACAGAGCGCGAAAGCAGGAGGAGGAGCAGCGACGCAUGCAGAUCCCGCUUGCGCAGGGGCAAGGCCAGGCACCACCGUUGGUAUUGCCGUCACAACAAUUGCAAUUGUCCUACGGGCGGCAAGUGACGAGUAUCAAGGGGGACGAUUCAGUGGCUGAGUUUACAAGCCCCGGCCCCACGGAGCUCCUCACGGUGGGCGACAGCAGCCGCUCCGCGAACUUGGGCUCCACGACACGUUUUGCGCAAACAAUAGGCUUCCGCGAAGACGAGGAGGUUCAAUGGAGUAAGAUGGGUCUCCUCGGCAGGGGCUCCUUUGGAGCCGUCUACGAGGGUAUCACGAGCGAGGGGAAGAUCAUGGCGGUGAAGGUGGUGGAAGUCCCACUCAACGAUGACGCCGGGGAGGUGGAAAGCAUUCAACGCGAGAUUAAUCUAAUGCGAUCGUUAAAACACAAAAACAUUGUUGCGUACUAUGGUUGCCAGACAAGAAUCCUCUCUAAUGGGGCUAGACAGCUGGAAAUCUUCCUCGAGCACUGCCAUGGGGGCAGCUUGACACACCUCCGUCGCAAGUUUGAACGGGCGAAGGAGCGUUUCUCCAUCUCACUUGUUCGCACCUACGCAAAACAGAUUUUGGAGGGUUUGGCUUACCUGCAUGGCAUGAAUGUUGUUCACAGAGACCUGAAGGGCGACAAUGUUCUCAUCUCGGCGCUUGGUGAUGCUAAACUUGCCGACUUUGGUUGUAGCAAACGCCUCGGCACGGCGACGAUGCAUCAGGAGAACAUUGGGGAAAAGAGCGUUGGCUAUCAAACCAUGGUUGGAACCCCGCUUUUCAUGGCACCUGAGGUGCUCAGCGGUGCGGGUGGCUACUCCAAGCCGGCGGAUGUGUGGUCUGUGGGCUGCCUAGUACUUGAGAUGCUCGGACGCCAGCCGUGGGUGGUAAAGAACAAUUUAAAUGCUUUUCAGAUCAUGUACCACAUCUCGAAGAGCACGGCAAUGCCAACUGGAGUGCCGAAGAAUUGCCCUGAGAGCCUAUACUUUUUUUUUACGCGAUGCUUUGACCGUGACCCGCACACGCGGGCGACGGCUGAGGAGCUACUGGAGCACGAAUGGAUCACUUGUGCGGAUAACCGGCUGCAUGAGGUGAUGGAUGAAGCGAGUGGGGGUAUAUGA